AUGACCCGUCAACCAGAGAUCGGCCAAAUUCCCGACACCGUCAAGGACGAUAUCAAGGCACUCGAGAAGGAGUUUGAUGCUGCUGAGAUCCAAGUGGCCAAGCUUAUGGCUAAGCUCCACGACCCAAUCUUGAAGAAGCGCGCUGACGUUGUGAGCAAGAUUGAAGGUUUCUGGCCGCAAGCACUGACCAACUGCGUGUCGACCAACGUGUACAUUGAUGACGAUGACCACGCUUUGCUGGACCACCUCACGAAGAUCGACGUGGUGCGUGAUCCAGAGGACCCGCGUGCGGCGAAGAUUGAGUUCCACUUCUCACCGAACGAUUUUAUUGAGGACAAGGUACUGGUGAAGGAGUUCAAGCUCGCGCCUGAUGCGGGUGAGUUCUCUGCGCAAUUCGACUUUGCUACAGACACUGUGCCUGUGAAGACGCCCAUUUCAUGGAAGUCGGAUGCGGUGAACCUGUCGAAGCUCAAGCCUACGGUGGGUGACCUUCCCGCGGACCGUGAGGACGAGGAGGAGGACGAUGAAGUUGAUCUGGAGGCGGACGACUUUGAGCCUGGCUCGUUCUUCUCGAGCUUCUUCGACAGUGAGAGCGCGCAAGUGGCUGGCAGCAUCGGCCGCGCUAUUGUCGAGGACCUGUUCCCGAACGCUGUGCAACACUUUGAGACGCCCGCAUUGUUUGAAGAUGAGGAUGAGGACGAGGAUGAGGAUGAAGAGGAUGAGGAUGAAGAAGAUGAAGAGGAUGAAGACGAUGAUGAUCGCGAGAUCGACCUGGAGGAGGAAGAGGCGACGCGUCCGAAGAAGAAGGCGCGUAAGUAA